AUGUCACCUAUACCUUCGACCAGUGUAUGGCGAAUACAAAAUCGUGCUGAGCCAUAUAUCAAACGGUUUAACAAUCUCGCUCGGAUCGCUGUAAUUUAUUGGUUACUGAGAUAUGUGUUCCUUGAUGGAUAUCGACAUGUUCGAGCUAGAGGUAUAUUGGGAACUGCGAAACAAAUUCAAAACAUCAUGCAAUCAUUUGUUGUUCGUAUAAUGCUUUCUCUGCCAUCAUCGAAAAAGCAACUGCGUUUAGAAUUAGGUAAAGCCGCUUCUGAGCUUCGAGAGAAAUUAGCUCCGUCGAAAUAUCCAGAUGGAAUCACUCUUACUACAGUGAGGAAGUUACCAGAACAAGGAAGAAGUAGAGAUUGGUUAGAAAGUGAAUGGUCAAAUCUGAAGAAAUUAGAAAGAGGCGAUGUGGAUGCUGGUAGAGUAUCAGGAGCAGUAUACCAUGGCGGAGAAGAACUUAAUCAAGUUAUAAACGAAGCUAUGGCUAAAUUUGUCGUCUCGAAUCCACUUCAUCCUGAUGUUUUCCCAGGAGUCAGGAAAAUGGAAAGCGAGCUAGUUAGCAUGGUGUUAAACCUGUUUAACGGACCAAAUGGUGCUGGUACAACUACAUCUGGCGGUACUGAAUCAAUAUUAAUGGCGGUGAAGACAUAUCGGGAUUGGGCACGAGAGACAAAAGGAAUAACAAGACCUGAAAUGAUAAUCCCAUCAUCUGCACAUGCCGCAUUUUGGAAAGCUUCACAAUAUUUCAAGAUCAAGCUUCAUAUAAUACCUGUAAACAAAGAAUCAAGGAAAGCUGAUGUGAAAGCUAUGAGACGAGCUAUUAAUCCAAAUACCAUCAUGAUCGUUGGUUCGGCACCGAAUUUCCCAGAUGGAGCUAUUGAUCCCAUACCGGCUCUCGCUGCUCUAGCGAAGAAGAACAAUAUCGGUUUGCAUGUUGAUUGCUGUUUGGGUUCAUUCAUCAUGCCAUUCAUGGAAAAAGCGGGCUUUGGAAUAGAUAUUGAACCUUUCGAUUUCAGGUUGAAGGGCGUAACCAGUAUCAGUUGUGAUACCCAUAAAUACGCUUUCUGUCCUAAAGGUUCCUCUGUUAUUAUGUACCACUCCCCAGAGCUGCGAAGAUAUCAAUACUACGUUAUGACCGAUUGGGAAGGUGGUGUAUAUGCUAGUCCGUCAAUGGCUGGAUCAAGACCUGGAUCUAUCCUCGCUGGAGCUUGGGCGGUUCUGAAUUACAUGGGAGAAAAUGGAUACACGGAAUCUUGUCGAGAGAUAGUAACGGCAUCCCGGACAUUUCUCAAUGGCCUGAGAACAAGAUUCAUAGAUGAUUUAUACGUAUUAGGUGAUCCUAAAGCUUCAGUUGUAGCUUUUGGAAGUAAGACUUUGAGCGUUUAUGCGAUAGGUGAUGGUAUGUCUAAGAAAGGUUGGCAUCUAAGUGCCUUAGGCGGUGAAGUAGGUGGAUUACAUAUGGCUUUCACUAGAUUAAGUGCUGGUAAAGUGGACAAGUUACUUGACGAUCUAUCUGAAGUCGUCAAAGAAGUCAAAGCUUCUCCUCAAGAUCAAAAAGGUGAUCUAGUAGCUUUAUAUGGUCUAGGACAAACUAGUGUUGGACCGCAUGUCGUGGGUAAAUUGGCGGAAACUUUCUUAGACACGUUGUAUGAGUAA